GUCACUUUCGUCUCUCGUAAGCUAUUUCGACUUCAAUUCUCAUUUAUCUCUUCAAACAGCUGUAACAGCAACUUGUAUCAUUCAUACACACAAAAAUAUCUAUAUCGCUCCACAAACACAAAUAUUCUCCACAAACACAAAUAUUCUCCACUCGCUCCGUAUCCACUGCUUUUCGCCACUCAGGCUGAGAUUGAUGGUUGAGUUCACAAUUGGUUGAUUCGGAGCAAUGGAAUCAGGAGAAAUUGGGGGGAAGUCUUUGAAGAACGGUGGGAAUCAGGUUUGUCAGAUAUGCGGGGAAAAUGUUGGCACCACAGAGAAAGGAGAGGUGUUUAUCGCUUGUGAUGUAUGUGCAUUCCCAGUUUGUAGACCGUGCUAUGAAUAUGAGCGCAAGGAUGGCAAUCAGUCUUGCCCUCAAUGCAAAACUAAAUACAGGCGACAUAAAGGAAGUCCUGCUAUUUUUGGAGAGGAGGAGGAUGUUAACGCUGAUGAUAUUACUGCGGAUAUUCACUUAACCGAAACUCAAAGUGAGAAGCAGAAGAUAUCGCAGCGUAUGAUGAACUGGCACACGACAUAUGGAAGAGGGGAGGAUGCUAGUGCUCCGAAUUAUGAUAAAGAGGGCCCGCAUAACCAUAUACCUUUUCUAAUCAGUGGACAAGAGGUUUCUGGUGAGUUUUCUUCAGCAUCUUCUCCUCCUCGUGGCGGAAGAACACAUUCGCUUUCUUACCAUGGUGAUAUUAAUCAAUCACCUAAUGGUAGAGCUGUGGACCCCGCAAGGGAGUUCGGAAGCACAGGAUUAGGCAACCUUGCUUGGAAAGAGAGAGUUGACGGCUGGAGGAUGAAACAAGAUAAGAAUGCGGUUCCGGUUCCAUUGACCACUAGCCAUGCUGCUUCUGAAAGAGGUCAAGAUAUCGAUGCCGCCACUGAUGUGCUGGUCGAUGACUCGUUGUUGAAUGAUGAAGCCCGCCAACCACUUUCUAGAAAGGUUUCUAUUUCGUCAUCCAGAAUAAAUCCUUACAGAAUGGUUAUUGUACUCCGAUUGGUCGUUCUGUGCAUUUUCUUGCACUACAGGAUAACGAACCCUGUGACCAAUGCGUAUCCGUUGUGGUUACUUUCUGUUAUAUGUGAAAUAUGGUUUGCAAUAUCUUGGAUAUUGGAUCAAUUCCCCAAGUGGCUACCAGUAAACCGUGAAACAUAUCUCGACAGACUAGCUCUUAGGUAUGACCGGGAAGGAGAACCGUCACAGUUAGCUGCUGUUGACAUAUUUGUUAGUACUGUGGAUCCCUUAAAGGAACCACCUCUUGUGACAGCAAACACUGUUCUAUCUAUACUUGCAGUUGACUAUCCAGUUGACAAGGUUUCAUGCUAUGUUUCUGAUGACGGAGCUGCUAUGUUGACUUUCGAAGCUCUGACCGAAACAUCAGAGUUUGCAAGAAAAUGGGUUCCUUUUUGCAAGAAAUAUAACAUCGAGCCCCGAGCUCCUGAAUGGUAUUUCUGCCAGAAAAUUGACUACCUCAAAGACAAAAUUCAGCCAACUUUUGUCAAAGACCGUCGAGCUAUGAAGAGAGAAUAUGAAGAAUUCAAAAUUCGUGUCAAUGGGCUUGUUUCCAAGGCUCAGAAAGUCCCUGAAGAAGGAUGGGUUAUGCAAGACGGCACACCGUGGCCCGGAAAUAAUACUAGGGAUCAUCCCGGAAUGAUCCAGGUUUUCUUAGGUCAGAGUGGUGGGCUUGACAGCGAGGGAAACGAGUUGCCACGGUUAGUUUACGUUUCCCGAGAAAAACGUCCCGGAUUUCAACAUCACAAGAAAGCUGGUGCCAUGAAUGCACUCGUGCGUGUAUCGGCGGUCCUUAACAACGGCCCUUUCAUAUUGAAUCUUGAUUGUGAUCAUUAUAUUAAUAACAGCAAGGCACUGAGGGAAGCCAUGUGUUUUAUGAUGGAUCCGAAUCUUGGAAAAUACGUUUGUUACGUUCAGUUUCCACAGAGAUUUGAUGGAAUUGACAGGAACGAUCGUUAUGCUAACCGAAACACUGUCUUCUUUGACAUAAACUUGAGAGGUUUAGACGGCAUUCAAGGCCCUGUUUAUGUGGGAACCGGAUGCGUAUUCAACAGAACAGCAUUAUAUGGUUAUGAACCACCUAUUAAACCGAAGAAAAAGAGAGAGAAAGGCGUAUUGUCUUCCUGCUUUGGUGCGUCACGAAACAAAAGUUCAAAUUCAAACAAAAAGGGGUCAGAUAAAAAGAAAUCGAGCAGGCAUGAUGAUCCCACCGUUCCGGUAUUUAGCCUCGAGGAUAUAGAAGAAGGCGUUGAAGGAGUUGGGAUUGACGAUGAAAAAUCAUUACUAAUGUCACAAAUGACCCUCGAGAAAAGAUUCGGGCAGUCAGCUGUUUUUGUUGCGUCGACACUUAUGGAAAAUGGCGGUGUCCCACAAUCUGCAGCACCAGAGACUCUUUUAAAAGAGGCUAUUCACGUUAUCAGUUGUGGGUAUGAAGACAAAACCGACUGGGGGAGUGAGAUUGGGUGGAUUUACGGUUCUGUGACGGAAGAUAUUCUUACUGGAUUCAAGAUGCAUGCACGCGGUUGGCGAUCGAUAUACUGUAUGCCACCUAGAGCAGCCUUUAAAGGUUCUGCACCUAUAAAUCUGUCGGAUCGUUUAAACCAAGUGCUCAGAUGGGCUUUAGGGUCAAUUGAAAUCCUGUUCAGCAGACAUUGCCCGAUUUGGUAUGGUUAUAGUGGAAGACUAAAAUGGCUCGAACGUCUUGCGUACAUAAACACAACCAUUUAUCCAGUCACCGCAAUUCCGCUUCUGGUCUACUGUACGUUACCAGCUGUGUGCCUCCUUACCGGAAAGUUCAUCAUUCCGCAAAUUAGUAACCUUGCGAGUUUAUGGUUUAUAUCUCUAUUUCUUUCCAUUUUCGCAACGGGAAUACUUGAAAUGAGAUGGAGCGGGGUCGGGAUCGACGAGUGGUGGAGAAACGAACAGUUUUGGGUGAUCGGUGGUGUUUCCGCCCAUCUUUUCGCUGUUUUUCAAGGUCUGUUGAAAGUGCUUGCGGGUAUAGACACCAACUUUACCGUUACAUCGAAGGCAUCCGAUGAAGACGGUGAUUACGCUGAACUUUAUAUGUUUAAAUGGACGACGCUCUUGAUUCCACCGACAACACUCUUGGUGGUGAAUAUGGUGGGUGUGGUCGCGGGUAUCUCGUAUGCUAUCAACAGCGGAUACCAGUCGUGGGGUCCACUCUUUGGUAAACUUUUCUUUGCGUUUUGGGUGAUCGUUCAUCUCUACCCUUUCCUUAAGGGUCUUAUGGGGAAACAAAACCGGAUGCCUACUAUUGUCGUCGUGUGGUCUAUUCUUCUUGCAUCCAUCUUCUCUUUGUUGUGGGUUAGGAUCGACCCGUUUACUACACGAGUCACUGGCCCAGAUGUUCGGUACUGUGGAAUCAACUGUUAACCUGUCAAUUGGACAUAAAAUCCCACCCUACAUACGACCUCUGGAUAUAUAAGCUGCCUGUUUUCAUAACUACCUUUUUUUCUGCACAAAAUACAUGAAUUGAUGGGUGUUUAAUGUUUUUCUAUAUAGCUUCUUUUCUUUCCUUUUGUUAUGUAUAUUUGAAUUUGAAUAGUAUAACAUUUUACACAUAAGCAUCAUAAAAUAUAAAAUUAGUUAACACA